AUGGGGAACGAGUCAGAUGAGGAAGCAGAACUUGUAAGGACGAGUAGACUUAUAAGGGAAGAGAUGACCGAGCAGUUACAACAAACUCUAAUCACUACUGUGGCUGAGAUGAUCAAGACUAGCAUCACGGGUCUUCGUGAUGAGAUAAGACAAGAGCUAAAACAAGCUACUGGUCAGAGCCAUAGUAAUGAGUCUAGGAGAGAAAGAAGAGGUCAGAGUCCACAAAAUCAUCCUGAAACAAGAAGAAACCGUAGAGAACAUGCUGGAUCACAAGAGACUGACAACUACUAUGAGCGCAGCCGAGUGAGUAGAAAGCAGAGGCGUGAUCAUGAAGUUAGGAGACCUAAGAAAGAAGAGCUUGGUGGAGUUAAGCUCAAGAUACCUCCUUUUCAUGGCAAGGUUGAUCCGGAUGCCUACUUGGAGUGGGAGAAGAAGAUUGAGAUUGUCUUCAAUUGUAAGAACUAUACCAACACUCAACGAAUCCAACUUGCUGCAACUGAGUUCUAUGACUAUGCUCUGAGCUGGUGGGAUCAGCUGGUUACCAUGAGGCGGCUUAACCAAGAAUAUCCAGUGGAAACAUGGAGUGAGAUGAAGUCUCUUAUGCGCAAGAGGUUUGUACCGAGCCACUACCACAGAGAUCUUCACCAGAGACUAAGAAAACUCACUCAAGGAGCUAAGACCGUAGAGGAGUACUAUCAAGAUAUGGAGCUGUUGAUGUUAAGAGCCAGUAUUUCAGAAGAUAGAGAAGCUACUAUGUCAAGAUUUCUUGGAGGGCUCAACCGAGAAAUACAAGAUAAGGUGGAGAUGCAACACUAUGUGGAAAUAGAAGAGAUGUUGCAUAAGGCCAUUCUAGUGGAGCAGCAGCUCAAGAGGAAGGGACAUUCACGAGGAAGCUAUGGGGUUACUCGAUUCCAAAGUCCUAAGGAAGAUAAGCCUAGCUACCAGAAGGAGAGUAAACCUUAUCAGAAAGAUGACACCAAGCCUAGCAACAUUUAUAGCAAGGACAAAGGAAAGACAGGAGCUACUGAUGAGAAGAUACACACUGAUCCUGAGCAGACUGAAGAAGAGUUUGAAGAAGAACCGGUCAAGGGAAGGUUGUUAGUGACAAGAAGACUCUUAAACUUGCAAACUAAGACUGAAGAGACUGAGCAGCGUGAGAACCUCUUCUACACUAGGUGUUUGGUUCAGGGUAAGGUGUGCAGCCUUAUUAUUGAUGGUGGAAGCUGUGUCAAUGUAGCUAGUGAGACCAUGGUGAAGAAAUUGGGUUUGAAAGUUCAAAAACAUCCUAAACCUUACCGGCUGCAAUGGCUCAAUGAAGAGGGUGAGAUGAGAGUCUCCAAUCAAGUGCUGAUACCUAUAGCCAUUGGUAGAUAUGAAGAUGAGAUCUUGUGUGACGUUUUACCAAUGGAAGCUAGCCAUAUCCUUCUUGGUAGACCCUGGCAAUUUGAUAGGCGUGUGGUUCAUGAUGGUUUCAGUAACAAGCACUCUUUUGAGUUUAAUGGAAAGAAGACAGUGCUGGUACCCUUGUCACCUAAAGAAGUUCAAGCGGAUCAGCUCCAGCUUCAGAAAAAGAAAGAGAUCGACCUUAAGCCUGAUCAGAAACAUCACAGAAUUGGAAUUGGUGCUGUAUUGAUGCAGGAUAAAAGACCAAUAGCAUACUUCAGUGAGAAGCUUGGAGGAGCAACUCUCAACUAUGCAACGUAUGACAAAGAGUUGUAUGCUUUG